CAAAGAUCACAUCAAUCUCCAAUGGAACCAUCAGCAAGAGUCGAAGCAGUUACAAAAACCGGCUCACAUAUAGUCCCUUCCCAAUACAUCCAACCACCAGAUUCUCGCCCUAUUCUCCACCACACCGGCCACGUCACCACCGCUCCAAUCCCAACCAUCGACCUCUCUAACUCCAAUUCCACAAAAGACUCCAUCGCUGAAGCUUGCCGAAACUGGGGAGCCUUCCACGUGGUCAACCAUGGCGUUCCCAUCGAUCUCCUCGAUCGGAUGAAGGCUUUAGGCCUCUCCUUCUUCCAAGACUGUUCAUUGGUAGAGAAGCUCAAAUACGCUUGCGACGCGACGUCUGCUGCUUCGGAGGGUUACGGAAGCCGGAUGCUACUUGGAGCUGAAGGCGACGUCGUUUUGGAUUGGAGAGAUUAUUUUGAUCACCACACGUUUCCUCUCUCUCGUCGUGAUCCUUCUCGUUGGCCGUUGCAUCCUUCUGACUACAGACAAGUAGUAGAAGAGUAUGGAAAUGAGAUGAAGAAACUGGCUCAGAAGCUGUUGGGGAUAAUCUCAGAGAGCUUGAGUCUUCCAAGCUCAUCUAUAGAGGAAGCUGUUGGAGAAAUCUAUCAGAACAUCACUAUGAGUUAUUACCCUCCCUGUCCUCAGCCUGAGCUUACUCUUGGUCUUCAGUCACAUUCAGACAUGGGUGCCAUUACUCUCUUGAUUCAAGAUGAUGUUGGUGGUCUUCAGCUUUACAAGGAUGAUCAGUGGCUCACUGUUCCUCCUAUCUCUCACGCUAUUCUCGUUCUUAUAGCCGAUCAAACCGAGAUUAUAACCAAUGGGAUAUACAAAAGUGCUCAACAUAGAGCAGUGACAAAUGCAAACAGGGCGAGGUUAUCGGUUGCAACGUUUCAUGAUCCUUCCAAGACUGCAAGGAUAGCACCAGCUUCUCACCUUAUUGGGCAACACACCAAACCAGUUUACAAGGAAGUUGUGUAUGGACAAUAUGUCUCUUCUUGGUACUCCAAAGGUCCUGAGGGCAAACGAAACCUCGAUGCUCUCCUCUGCUAAUUUUCAAACUUUGUUCCACUUUUUAUUGUCUCAACUUGUAUUACCCACUGUUUUUUUACAAGUUUAUGCUGAAUGCUGCAUCUGUAGACAACCUAAAUUGCCAUGACACGUAAGUUGUUGGAUAAUCACAAAGUUGUUUCAGUAAUUAUAAAAGAUGUUAAGAUUUGAG